AUGGUAAAAUAUCUUGCUGAAAAGGGCGCUGAUGUGAAAGGCAAAAACACUGAAGGUAGGACUGUUCUACAGACUGCUGUUACUGAAGGUACACUGGAAAUGGUAAAAUACCUAGUUGAAAAAGGUGCUGAUGUAAAUGCCAGAAACACUAACGGGUGGACAGUCCUGCACAGUGCCGUUACCAAUGGUAAGCUAAAAAUAGUAAAAUACCUUGUUGAAAACGGUGCUGAUGUAAAUUCUAAGGACAAUGAUGGACGGACAGUGCUCCACUUUGCUGUUACUGAAGGUACGCUAGAUAUGGUAAAAUGUCUUGUUGAAAGCAGCACUGAUGUAAAUGGCAAGAAUACUAACGGGAGGACAAUGCUGCACAGUGCUAUUGAAAAAGGUACGCUAGAAAUAGUAAAAUACCUUACCGUAAAUGGGGCUAAUGUAAAUGGUAAGGAUGAUGACGGAUGGACUGUCCUGCACAAUGCUGUUACCAAAUGUGCGCUAGAAAUUGUAAAAUUUCUUGUUGAAAAUGGCGCUAAUGUAAAUGCAAAGUAUACUGACGGAUGGACAGUAUUGCACUAUGCUGUUACUAGGGGACGCUAG